AUGCACCCGUGGGCUGCCAUCACCGGCCUCUUGGUCCUCGUGACAGAUGCCACCAUGGCUGCGAUCGUGGUCUCGGGGGUGACGGGGCAUCCCGUCACACUGCCCUGCACCUACUCCACGGCCGGCGGGUUGGUCACCACCACCAUGUGCUGGGGCCGAGGGUCCUGCCCCUCCUCCCAGUGCUCAGACACCCUCAUCUGGACCGACGGCUCCCGCGUGACCUCCCGGAAGUCGCCUCGCUACAAGCUGAAGGGCAGAAUCCCCGAGGGGAACGUGUCUCUCACCAUCGAGGACACCAUCCUGACUGAUAGUGGCCUCUACUGCUGCCGCAUCGAGCACCGGGGCUGGUUCAAUGACCAGAAAAUCGUCUUCUCCCUGGAGUUAAGACCCCUAACUAGCCCGGCUAGUCCAGCCACUACUCGGACGCCCAGGCCCGAGCUACAGCCUUCCACCUGGCAGGAGCCCAGCCCCGCACCCCCCACCAGCUCCCCGUCACCCUCCUGCCUUCCAGAUGGGAAUGGCACGGACGUGGUGACGCAGACGUGGGACGACGCCUGGCGUGAGAAUCAGACGCUCACGUCGCUGGCCCAGAACCCAUGGAAGGUGACCAGCAGGGGACUCUACAUUGGCCUCUCCAUCACAGCAGCGGUGCUGGUCACCAUUCUGGUGGUCCUGGUCACUAAGAAGCACUUGCUCCUGAGGAGGAAGCAGCAGCAGCUGAGCAUGGUGACCCUGCACAGCCCCCCGAUGACAGCCUUGCAGAGCGCGGCUGCGGCUCGGGUCCGAGCGGAAGACAAUAUCUACACAGUGGAGGACAACCCCUACGUCGUGGACUAGGCCAGGCCCCGUGG